CUAUAAAAUGGGCACUUCAUUCGACCUUGCAAAAUAUGCAAAUUCGAUAACAAACAAAUAUGGAAACUCAACAACUCUGCAAAGGGUGCUACAAUUACGUGACAGUAGCACCUGGGAGACGUUGUCCCAUCUGCUAUACAAUCACCAAGCCCAACAAAAGAACUAGUCAUCGUAUUGUCCCUGGGAUGCUCCAGUUUAUCGAUGGCUAUGCCAAUACACGUUCAAACAACAACUACUACAAUAGCGUCCAUGGACAGCUUCCACAACCACCAGCAUAUGGAGGUUAUUACGCUCCACCGGUGUAUGGUUCUGGUACCUACAGCCCACAGCCACCGCCAUUAAUCUACAGUGGAGGUUAUGAUAGCCCUCCACCACAGUCUCCGGCUGUGUAUGGUUACGGUUAUGGCUACCCUGAACCGCAGACGUGGUCUCCUAUGAUGCAUAACAACAACUUCCAACAAUCACCGGAGGUUCAUGAGAAGAAGAAGGCGGUGCUGUGUGGCGUGACCUACAAAGGUCACCCGAAGUCACUAGCUGCCAGUAUAAAUAACGUCAUGAGCAUGCAUCAAUUAUUGGUGAAAUUGGGUUUCCCAAAUGGUUCCAUCCGCAUCCUCACAGAAGAAGAACCAGACCCCACCAGGACCCCAACAAGACGCAACAUAUUGAUGGCAAUGGAGUGGCUCACGAAAGAUUGCUGUUCCGGGGAUUCAUUGGUGUUCUAUUAUGCAGGACAUGGCUCUCAUGUGCCUGAUAACAAUGGAGAUGAAAAAGAUGGGUAUGAUGAAGCUUUAUGUCCUGUUGACUAUAGGCAAUCUGGGAAGAUACUAGAUGAUGAGAUCAAUGCCACCAUUGUAGCGCCGCUACCUCAUGGAGUAAUACUUCACAGUAUCAUGGACACUUGCUUUAGUGGAACUCUUCUUGACCUUCCUUUUCUUUGUGAGAUUGACCGCGGAGGAUUCUAUAAGUGGGACAAACAUCAUCCCUCACAUGCUUCUUCAUAUGGGGGUACUCGCGGUGGAAAAGCAAUAUGUAUUAGUGCCUGUGAUGACCAUCAAAAUUCAGCAGAUACAUCGGCUUUCACAGUUCGUGAUGCUCAACAAAAACAAGGCCUAAAUGCUCCAUUUGCAUCUUCUACAUCACAGGAGCCUCAACUAUCAUGUACCACAAGAUUCGAGAUUUACUCAGAGCCUUUUAUGUUGUAGAGAAUAUAUUCGGUCUAUGAUACUAUUCGGUCUAGCUUGUAGCUGUGUCUCGGUAGCCAUCUCAAGCUAUGCAGUGUACUGGGUACACAAACUCUGAGGUUGAUAAGAAGAAAUAUUACUAUGGUGUAUCCAUCUUGUGGAGGCUUAGUAAUGUACUCAAUAUGCAUAUUAAUUGAAGUGUUUGAAUUUGCUUGAAUGUUGGAAAUACAGUUGCAUGAUGAUAAAACAGAAUCCAAGUCUUUUAUAUUAACUUAUAUUUCUGAAAUUAGUUCAGUCAUGUGAACAAACAUAGAUAUUACAUAUAGGAAAUGGAUUAGGACCAAGAAUAAAAAAUAAUGUGGUUCACUAAAAAAGUUCAACCCAACUGAUACAAGCAUGGAUUUAAAAACCGGACCACACUAGUAGUUUGACCUGUUUCGACAUGUUGAACUGAUAACCGUUCAAGUUACUAUUUUUUUAUCUCAAAAAUUAGUUUGUUAGCAAACAGGGGAAUUGGCUGAUUUGCGAAGAAAAAAAAACAGUUCAACCGGACCAAUCGUUCCUUUCAAAAAACAGAUUUUGAUAAAUAUAUGUAUUAAAAUUUUAAAAACAAAUGCAUAAGCCAAUUUAUAAUAAAAAAGCGAUGCGGCUAAUUGAAUUUUAACUUGUCUAACUAAAUCAUAGCU